UUCAGUCGGUAUCGAGUCGUCUGCACGAAGAAAAGUACUAGUUGAUCAAGCGAAUUUGUGUAAACUAAUAACUAAAACGUAUAUUGACGAGUCUUAAUGGAGUUACUCGUACAUUUUUCUGAAGUUUAUGCAGCUAGAAUAAAGGGUAUUGUUCAUAUUUAAAAAUGUCGUUAGCAGAAGUGAGACAGAAUUGAGUCACCUAUUCCCAGUAUUGGGUCAAGAGAGCUUCAGAAACUUGUCAGCCUACUGAACCAUGGACGAUCCUUUGACUAAGGAAGCUUAUCAAGGCGCACUUGAGGAAAAAGUGAAUUACUCAGUAAUUUAAUGGUGAAAAUCUAGUGCUAGAAGAACAAAGGAAUUGUUAAUGCAUCGGACACCUCAACACUUUGUGAAAGUAAAACUAGAUUAGUGCUGCACCACUUCUAAUAUGAUGAAUGUGUAUGAGUUAAAAUGUUAUUGAUUGCUAUCCUCUAAAAACUCUUGUCAUUUGGAAUGAAAGCAUUGGACACUGCAGGCUUUGUGAACUUUAUCCGGUGCAAAGUGUAGUAAACAUGGAUUCUAAUUCAACCAAGCCAAAGAAGAAGCUUAGUCAAAGAGACAUCAAAGCCAGAGCAGUGACACUCCCAGCAGGUGUUGCCCCAGCAGUACUUUUGUCCCACAAAGGGGAGGUUUCUUUGGCAAGCUCCGUAGAUGUUUGCGUCUGGGAAGUAAGGGUAGUUAUGAUUUUAACCAUUCUGCAAUGGAUGCAGCAUCCCUGAAUAAUGUCUCUAGAAAUGAAAACACAGAAUCUCAUGUGCUUGACAUAGAAAAUGAAAUUGAUAGGCCAUGUGAUAAGGCCAGUCCACUUCGAGUGACUAGGCGGCAAAAACAGGACAAAGAAGAAGUAGUGUUGAUUCGCAAAGAUAAGCGAAUUUCGGGUGCUCAUCAUGUUCUGUCUCGGAGUGAAGAGGCUUUGACUGCAGUAUGUGAUGAUGUUUUCAUUGUCAAGUUUGCAGAAGACAAACCUAAUGUGGAAGGUUUGUAUGUAUCAGCAGCAACAGAGAACUGCUGUAGAGGUCCACAGAUGCAUAGUAUGAGAGAUGAUAUAUUUGAUGAACUUGAUCCUGAUUAUGAAACACUUGAUGAAGUUCGAAAGAAGGUACGUGGUCACAUGGAUCAAAAUGCUUGCUCAUCAUUACCAAGUGAGAGAAUGGAAACUAAAGAAAAAGCAACUAGACAAGGGGUGCAAAUUAAGGACAAAACUAACAGUGAUGCAAGUGGAAGAGACAGUGGACUUGGCAGUCCAUUCACAGACAGUCCUGUCUUCAAUUCUCAUUCUCAUUCACCAUUGCUCUCUGAGGCAAGUGAAUAUCUUGGAGAAGGCAUUCAGCCAUCAACUUUCAACAGUCGCUUUGCAGAAUCAAAAUCAGGGGUUGGUCAAUUCUUGAUAAAACAUUCAGGUACUGGACAACUGGACAGCUCAAAAUCUGCUUCAGAACUAGAAGAAGAUGAUUUAUAUGCUAAUUCUAAAGUAAUAAUUCGCAAAAAGUCCCAGAAACAGUCUCAGAGUGCUGUGUCUUCUUCUGAUCGACACUCAUUUGGUGGGCUUAGUGGUGGCCAGACUGGCUUAAGCAGACAGUCUCAAACUCCAGCAGAUGCACCUGCACUGGUAGAGGAUCCUGCAACUGAUUCUCUUAUUCCUCCACCUUUGCCUGAAAGAAAUUAUUCAGAAGAGGAUUUUUCCUCUAUGACUAUAUUUCAAAGCAUCAGUUGUCCGAAUGUUGCAAGUGUAUCAGCAGGAGAAGAUCAAGUCUCAGGCUCAGCUUCAUUAACAUUUAGGUCUGCAGUAAAUGUAAAUAAAAGCGAGAAAGACGCUAGACCUAGAAUUUUGGGUUCAGAAGCAUCUUGUCCAGACAGAGGCAAUUUUAAAGUAAGUGAUGCUAGUAAAUUUGUUGAUGCUCAGCCUUGCUUUUUAAACAACUCCACCAUUCUUUCUAGGCCAUCAGCAGACAGUCAUAGUUUUGAUCUUGACGCUGUCAACCCACAGAACCACUCCAGCUUAUUGCCACCAUGCAACCAAACAUCCAAAGACAACGCAGAUGCAAAAAAUGUCACUGUUGAUGAGAACUAUUUUCCUGCAAGAACUAAAGAUGAAGGUGCAGCAUUAGCUGCAUUAUCACAGCACACAGAAACUGCUGCUGCAGUGGCAGAAGGAAUGCUGCCAGGGGACAUAAUGAUUGUAAGCGCAUCUGACAGUAUGUGUGAAAUUGUGGCAGACGAUACUCAGUCAUCCGUAGAACCCAACAAGAUUGAUCACACUUUACAAAGUUUUCAGACACAUAAAGAAAAUGAUGCUUGUGGUGACUUGGAUCAAGCUGUUUUCUCAGGAACCCUCAAUGAUGUAGUGCAAAAAAUGCAUAUAGAUCAAACAACAAAGCACACACCCAUAACAACAGAUUUUUGCCCAUUUUUUGACAAAAAGAAAAACCAUCCAAAAGGUAAACAAGAUCAGGACUGUGCUUCAGACUCACCAGAAGGGAUUGCUGAUAUGGAAGGAGCUGCAGCUGUUGGGCAUGAUCCUAAAAGUGACAGCGAACAUCAGAUACCCAGCACUUUGCCAAGCAUCUCCUCACCUUGCCUUUCAGAGGUAGAUAUAGCGCAGUCUUCACUAGCCACAUCAAAGAAUGUAGACCCUUGUGACUUAGAGGUCAAAGAACCCCUUCCAGGCAUUUCCGUACAUGGUUCUUCUCAUGAACUACUUGACUGGUUGGACCAUGGAUCACAAGGACCACCUCCCCUUCCCACCCGUACUGUUACUAAAAAUUUAGAGGAUGACAGAGUGAUACGCUCAUCAAAGAAACACUCAAGUGUUGGAGCUGAUUCAAGUCAAAGGAACAUCAGAUGUACAAGUGUGGAUGGUGCUAGCUCUUCACAUCAAGACUUUUUAGAAAGCAUGAAACAGCUUAAAGAUUGUGGCUGGUACUGGGGUCCUCUGAGCUAUGAGGAGGCAGAGAGCAAGCUGGGUGACAAGCCAGAUGGUUCUUUCCUGGUGCGUGAUUCAUCCAACGAGAACUAUAUCCUUUCUCUCUCCUUCAAGUCUAUGGGUCAUGUACAUCAUACACGUAUAGAACACCACAAAGGUCUGUUCAGUUUCUGGUCCCAGCCAGACUCUCACGGGAAAGCCAAGAUAUGCCAGUUCAUCGAACAGACUGUAGAGAACUCCAAAAAUGGUCGCUUCCUGUACUUCUUACGUCCUGCUGGUCCUGGUUCUCCUCCCUUGCCCAUCCAGCUGCUGUAUCCGGUCUCAAGAUUUUGUCGAGUGCCCUCCCUUCAGCAUAUGUGUCGCUUCCUGGUACUUCGUUGGGUGAGGAGGGACCAUAUUGAUCACCUCCCCCUUCCUCAGAAAGUUAAGGCUUACUUGUUAGAAAAACAGUAUUAUGUGGAAAGCCUUGAAGAAGACUGAAGUCUGCAAACAUCCUAAUGGUGACAGUAUUAUGCAAAUAGCCUUGAAGAAGACGUGUAAACAUCCCCAAGGUGACAGAUGAUACACGGUAAUUAAUUGAACUAAAGCUAAAGUCACUUGACACCUUCAGAGGUGUAUCAUCCUCACUUCAGUUGUUAACCAGAGUUUUAGGUUUCUGUUGAAACAGAUUUCUUUUUUGUAUUUGGAAAUGUUUUAGCGCCUUCUUUCUCAAUCCUGAGGAUAUUGGUCUAAUAAUAAUACAGCACAUUCAUAUAGCACCUUCCCCCAGCACCAACCAGGCUCAAAGUGCUUCACAUGCAUACACAUAGGCACAUAUGCACCAUCUUCAUGAAAACGCAUGCAUACAGCAUUACACACACAGACACACUUGUGUGGGCUCACAUCUAGAGGGUGGAGGAAACCUGGAGAAAGCCACUUACAGUCAGACCUGUAAACAGGUAUCAAACCAGAGAGACAUAUGUCGUAGUGGAGAUACCUACCUACGACACCCAUUUCUCACUUUCAUGGUAACAGACACUUUAGGUACUGUACCAACAACCAUCCCCAGUAACCAGCAACUUUACUUGUCUCAUUCUCACAAAACUGUGGAUGCCACUUAAUUAUUUUUUGUGACUGUGAUAGGUAUAUAGGAGACCGGUGUAUAUUUAAAAAAAUUUUAAUAUUGUAUUGCUGUACAGUACCGAAGGCAGCCUCAGGUCGAGACAAAUUGGCCAAGUGCUAAUGCCUACUAUCUGGGAAAAAAUAUAGACAAAUAAGUAGAUAUGGCACUUGUGUUAGUUUGAAGCAUUGUGCAUCACAUUAGUUUGUCCUACAAGUGACUGGUGAGACAUUGAAAAGCUGGUAAAUAAUAUAUAUAUAUCAUCCAUUACUGUCAGCUGAGUAUUAUAUACAAUUAUGUUUCUUGUACUAACAUUCAGGUACACUAUAUUUUUGUGCUUGAAUAAGAAUUCUGUUUUUAAACCAGUUUGUGAUAUCUUGUGAUAGAACAAAAUGAGUGCAGUUUUCAUUAAAGACAGCCAUUACAGUAUAUUUGUUUAAUGUUCCUAAGUUUAUUUCCAAAAAACUUGUCUCUCUCUCCCCCCCUCCACCCACUUCCCCUCAAGCAUACUAAGUGGUUCACAUCUUUUGAUCAUGGUGGAGAGGCAUGUACAGGAGGCUGUGUGAAACUGGGGUUAAUUCCUUAAAAUUGUUCUGCAUACAGACAUCAGAGAAACAUUCCUGAGCAUUGGAGUGGAUCGAUUAGGGCUACAUUAGAUUUUAUUUUCCAAGACUAUUCACUUUCUCUAAAGGAAAAUAAAAGGACAUGUAUAUUGAUAUUUUAGAGCAAAGGACACCUGUGAAGCUUAUUACUUACAGUUUUAUCUCAUCAGUGUUUACCAAUAUCUAAAUUCUAAUUUUAUGCAAGUGGUCUGACAAUAGGACUAGUUAUUGUGUGAAAUCCUGCUUGAAUGAAUUUUUUUCUACCUUCCAGUUGGCUCCUUCCACUUCAUAUUGUGCUUAAGGGGAGAAUACACAUUUUUCAUUUAAAAAAAAAUAUUUUUAGGAUGUAUGUAAGCAGCAUUUGUAUCAUUUGUGGUUAUUUUAAUCUCUUUCACAAAGUUGGAAAAAAAUGCUAUGUACCUCAAGGUGGGAGUACCUUUAUGAAAAAUUUUGACCCUUUCCAUUUGAGCCAAUGAGCAGUUUCGAUUUUGUUUCUCACUUUUAUAGAGACAAAGUGGGUUUAUGCUUAACGUCCCUAUCCCCACAGACGAAAAAUUAAUCUCAAACAUAAAUGCAUAAAGACAUACAUUUGUAUUAUGGCCUAUAUCUAUCUGCAUGAAGUUUCUGUUACACUUUUCGCUUGGAAAGCCCCAGGUUUAUAUUGAUAAUUCUUCACUAUGAAUUAAAUUUCCUACUGAAGAAAAAGUGCUUAAUUGAGGAGAAAGCGUUUUGUUGUGUCAGUGAUAUUAUCUGACCAGUAAUUUUUCCUGGUUGGAUUCAUAGCAGUUAUUUGCAUUACAAUAUGUCUUUUCAAGACAUAAAAAAUCUUUUCUGUUGCGCUAAAAUUUAUCAAAGGAAAAAAAAACCAACAAACCAUGUCUACUUGUUUUGUAGUUUUUGUACCCUUUUUCUCUGCCUCCCCUUCCCUUUUUGGAUUGUGAAAUGUCCAUAAUGCACCAGUUUGUGAGGCAUUCUGAAACAUUUGCAAGUUGUAAAGUAUUACUUUGAUCACCUAUUUGAUAAUGAAUCAGUUUUCAUAAGGAAGAAGAAAGAGGAAAAAAGUCAGCAUUUUUGUAUUGAUGCAUGCCUACUACCAUGCACCCCACCUCCCCUAGCUUAUUGGCAGACUUGUUUCUUCUGUAAUCUGAGUUUACAUUGUUCUCAUCUAGUAACUCCAGUAUUAUGUUCUUUUUAAUUUUGUCAAAUUAUGGAGGUAUAAAUCAUGAAUUCAACAUCAUAAAAUACCAAAACUAUUUUUGUAAGCUUAAGUCAAUUACAUGGUAUCAUACCAUAUUUACAGACCUGCUCUUUAUCCACAGAUUAAAUGGAAUUAUUGGGUUAAGAUAUGUUACUAGUUUCAAGUAAUAAAACAUAUUGCUUUAUCAGCAGCACAGUAUUACUGUCCCAUUUCUGUGUUAUGUUUCUAAAAAAAGUUAGAUGAACUGUUAGCAUUACAAAUGAAUAUGAAGUGAUGGUGACUGAAAAUUGUGCUGGUGUACUUUAGUUUUGAGUGCAGAUUGAGUCUUUUGCUUGCCAACUGGCAAGACUCAGAUUUCUUUAAAAAAUAAAUGAUGAUUAUUUCUGUAGCAUUAUAAGUGUAUAUGUCAGCUAUGCAAGAUUUUUCAGAAUUCUGUCAGCUAUUUUUGUAAUAGCUUUGAUGUAAAUAUGCUGUGAUUUUUCCCUCCCCAUCCUUUUAAAAAUAUGUAUAUUCCUACAAAAUUCAUCACUAGAAAAAGUUACCAUUAACAUUAUCAUCAUUCGUAAAAGAGAAUCGUUGUUUCUGACUGCUUGAGAAGAUAGUGUAUGCAGUUUAGAAGAUGUUAGCAGUCUCACAUAAGUUUUUGUUUCUUUCCAAACUGCUCUAAAUCUACAUCAGAUUAUAAGUUGGUGAGCUUUUCAAUUGCAAUGUCUACCAAAAAUUGUACAGUUCAGGUUGACGUGGUAGCUUACAGUAGUAAAGGUAGAAUGCAACUUCUAAUUUGUAGACACAUGCUUUCUGGAUUAUCUAGGAGCGGUGAUUUAUAAAAUGUUAAGUUUAUCUGACCCUUUGUUAUCCCCAAUAUGUAUGUCUCACAUUAGCAUUUUGGAUCGACUCAUUUAAGUGGUCAGUAACAAUGUUCUCUUCUAGCUUUUUUACACAAAAAACAGCAUGAUGUUUUCAUGAUGCAUAUUGUGAAGAACCCUUGGUGUUGCUUUGGAAUAGUAACUUUUUUGUUAGACUAUGAACAGCUUUUGAGGUAUCAUUUCGGGUCAUUGGGAGCAUUCAUACCUGCAUAAAAGACUACUUUAAGCAGUUUUGCAUAGAUUUAUUUUGCUGGUAUACUGUAAAUUGAAUGUCAUAUGCAACCCUUACCAAAGUUCAUCAACUACAAGCCAUUACGGUUUUUAGUUUUGUCCCUCAGCCCCCCCUUUUUUUUUUCUUUUGAUGUGGCAUAGGGAGACUAUGAAGUCUGUUCUACAACUGAACAUAAUUCGUUUACACAUCCGUUUGCAUCUACCCUUUCUGAAAGACUGUGGAACUGUACUUCAUUAAGCCAACAAUUAAUGCGCACUAAUUUAAUCAUAAAUUAUUUUGUUUUGCUGUUGUUCAAGUCAAAAGUUUUUUCUCGAGUGCAUGGUGAAUAUUUAAGAAAAGGACCUAUGUAAGUUAUAUAUGUAGACUUGAAGCUACAAUUUUACCUAGUAUUUUUGUGGAGGGAAGGGGGGAUGUUAAGUGAAUGAUUUUUAGCACAUUUUUGUAUAUCCAAGGUCAGCACACUGUAUGUUGUCUUGAUGUUCUAACUUCCAAAAUUGUAAAGACUGACCUACAUUCAACUUACAUUCCCUUUGGUGCUUGUUGAUGUUUAUAUCAUGCAUAUUAACAUAUUGCUUUGUGUACAUUUUACUUUAGAUCAAAGAUUAUCUGGUUCUUGUUAAUGAGUGCUUUUUUUUUUCUUUGCCCAGCACAACAAAAAAGGAUUAAUGCUGGUCACCUUCUUCUUUAACCCUUUAUCUUUUAAACAGUAGAUUUACUGAUAUAGUAUUUUGGUAAAGAAUAAAUGAAAAUUCGACUAUAACCAUCAAUAUUGCAAAACUAACAGUUUGUUAGGAAACACAGCAGUGAGAAAAAGUCCUGUACUGAUGACUUAUUUACCAGACUGCUUGUUUAUACUGACAUUUCUCACCUUUAGAGUUAGUAUUAUAAAAAAUGUUUACCGUUUCUACAGUUUUUGCAUUUUCCUUUUUAUUCUUUUUAAGCAGGCAUACCUAUAAUAUACAACCUUACUUGUAAGUGUGAAACUUACAGCCAUUCCAAACUUUAAACUCUUUUUAACUGAGUGUUGAAAGCCAAGGUAAAUAUGCAGGUGGUUAUACUAAAUUCUUAUACUUUCUUUCCAUUGCCAUGAAAAGUGGGAUUUAUCAAAUCACUAGUACUAAAACACUACAUCAUCAUGUACAAUAGAGGUCAACACGAACAUCUUUUACAUUGUAAAUGCUUCAGUCAGUGGGAUUUCUUAAGUAAGCAUAUCUGUGUACAAAUGAAUGCACUUUUGACCUUUUUCUGUAUCGGAUUUUGUAAGCAUGGAUCUCAAGAAUACAUUAUUUGCACAGAUGUCUACUAUAGGGGGAGUGGAAAGCUAAGUGGUUAGAGCACUGGUAUCCAAACUGAGAGGCACAUCGGUUCAGUACCCCAUACAGCUCAGCUCCCUUCCCCCAGUCGACCCAGCUGGUGAGAAUGGGUACCUGAAGGUUGGGGAAGGCAAAAGCAGUAAGAGAGAGGAGAUAGACACUGCCCUCAUGCAAAGCUGGCCCUGAGAAAAAUGAAGUCUCUAACAUCUUUACUCCCUAACAAACUGACAAAAGGUCAUGGGAUGAUCUUUGCCUGACCUAUACUUGCAUAAUGACAACAGCACAUAGCAUGAAAUGCAAAUCAUUUAUAAGCAGACAGCACUGACAAGCAAGGUUACAUAUAGUUUUUAACCAGAGUUCUUAAAGCUUACUCAAUAACCAGUUUUAAUGUAUCAUGUUGAUGCUGAAAUAUGGAACUGUUUCUCUUAUGUAGUAUGUUUAUAAGAUGCUUGACAACAAUAGUUAAAUUUCUUUGAAUACAAAUUUGGAACAAAACAAUGCUAUCGCUUCAUUUUAAUAGAAACUAUGAAUGUUUUAUCAAACGUGCUUUUGAUUUCAAGGGAUCUUAUCAUGGAUUAUAUUUGUCUUUGUGCACAUUUGAUAUCAUCUUUGAUAAGAAAUUUUAGUGUUGAAACAUUUUUUAAUAUGUUUUUAUAAUGCAUUAAUAAUCAGUUGAGACAUUGUUGUGAUUAAUAAACACGAAUCAUUUCUUUGAGGUUGCACAUUUUGUAAAAGAUAUGCUGAUACUACUCCAUGUAAAAUGCUGCCUUUUGCUUGAAGCCUUUUGAGGACAAAAUGUACUGCAAUGUGAUGAUUUUCAAACAAAAAGUACUGUCAUUUUAAAGUGUUGGUUUUUCAAAUAUAGUUUUUCAUCACCCAAACAAUUAUCCAGUCACAGUCUGUUAAACAGACUACUGUUGAAAGGAAUUGUGGGGAGACAUAAAGGGGCAGCACUUUUAUGAUCUUAAAAAUUAUUUGUGUGAAUGAGUAAACAGGCAUUUGAAAUGAGUGUUGCCUUUGCUUGGAUAUAAAUGUUUAGUUUUUUUUUCAACAGGCCUGUUGCAUCAGCUUUUUUUUUUUUUUUUUUUAAGAUCUGUUACAUAUUAAAUGAUACAAAAGUUUGUAGUGUCAUAUGUAUGUUAAUGUCAUGUAGUGAUUUGUGAUUUACACCCUUGUCAUUGUCAUCUAAACUGUUUAUUUAUGUAGACCUUGUAGCUUUAUACCAAUCUCAGCCUCAGUUGUUUGUAAACAAUGAUGUACCUGUAAAUGUAAAUUAGUGAAAAUAAAGGGGAUACUCACUUGA